AUGAUGUAUGCAAGUACAACUUGUUGGGUUCGUUUACUGGUGCUGUCGUUAGUAAUGAGAGAGAUCACUUCUCGAGUGGAGUUUACCAACAUCAAGUGUAGUCCCGUGGAUAAGAAUUUUGCCGAAUUUGAAUAUUGCACUUUAAAGUCGAUAAAUCGGACGUACAAAUACAUUUCGGAAAAGAUUAAAUUGUACAAAAUUCCACUUACCAAGAUGAAGGUUAAUUUUGGACUGUACAAACGGUUUAGUGGUUACAAGCCUUUUCUAUACAAUCAAACCAUAGAUGGUUGCUAUUUCUUAAACCAUCAAAAGUCCAAUCCUGUUGCUAAGUUUUUUUUCGACAUUAUUAAGGGAAAUACAAACGUGAAUCAUUCUUGUCCUUACAAUCACGAUAUAAUUGCGGAUAAACUUUCCACGGAGGUCGUCAACCAUCAUCUUACGAAAGUGCUUCCCUACCCGGACGGUGAUUACAUGUUGGAGUCACAUUGGGUACUCAAUGACAAACUAUCCGCACUAAUCAGUCUAUUGGUCUCUUUUGUAAUCAUCAACCAAAUCAAGUCACCUGGUCAACUAAUUAAAUUAAGCAUUUGA